AUGUUAAGGGCUAUUCCAAAACGGGUACCUGAGAACCUCAGGUUGUUCCAGCUGCCUAUAACACAGCUGCUCAAGGCUCAAACAAUUCAUUGGUCUCGUCGUAGUCUUUCACAAUCAUUCACAAACUUCAAAGAAGUGACCCACGCUGACCCCAACGAUGACUCUCAUACAGGACAGUACGUUAACACGAUAUCUAAGCCAUACACGGUCACCACUUAUGCUCGUCCCAACUUGGUAGUUACUCAUGGGAAGGGAUCUCAUUUGUACGAUUUGGAAAAUCGCCAGUACAUUGACUUUACUGCUGGAGUUGCCGUAACCGCUUUGGGACAUGCUAAUAGUGAAAUUGCUGAAAUCAUUGCCAACCAAGCUAAUACUCUUGUGCACUGUUCGAACUUGUACUAUAACAUGCAUGCGGGAGAGCUUGCCAACAAGCUUGUUACAAAGACAUUGAAUUCCGGGGGAAUGCAAGAAGCUCAGAGAGUAUUCUUGUGUAAUUCUGGAACCGAAGCCAACGAAGCAGCGAUGAAAUUUGCAAGGAAGUACGGUAAGAGCUUCAGUGACGACAAAUAUGAGUUUAUCGCUUUUGAAAAUUCGUUCCAUGGCCGUUCAAUGGGAUCGUUGUCUGUGACAACCAACUCCAAAUACCAAGCUCCCUUCACACCUUUGGUUCCUGGAGUCAAGGUUGCUAAAGCCAACGAUUUAGACAGCGUCAAGGAGGUGAUCAGCAAGGAAAAAACUUGUGGAGUGAUCAUUGAACCCAUUCAAGGUGAGGGUGGAGUGACGGUGAUGGAUACUGAGUUUUUGAUUGGGUUGCGCAAACUUUGCGAUGAAAAUGAUGUGGUGCUCAUCUACGAUGAGAUACAGUGUGGAUUGGGAAGAUCAGGUUCGUUGUGGACUCACUCGCUGAUGCCAGCUGAGGCCCACCCUGAUAUUGUAACCAUGGCCAAAGCUUUAGGAAAUGGAUUUCCUAUUGGUGCAACCAUGAUCUCAGAAAAGAUAGAGAAGGUGCUCAAGGUAGGAGACCAUGGUACUACUUACGGAGGUAAUCCAUUGGGAUCAAGGAUAGGCACCUAUGUGGUUGAUAAGGUUAGCGAUAAAGAAUUUUUGCAAGCCGUCAACGACAAAUCCGAAAAGUUUAUAAAAGGAUUGACCAAGAUUGCCAACAAGUACCCAGAACAUGUUACAGAAGUCAAGGGUAAAGGAUUGUUACUUGGGUUACAAUUCGGUAACUCGGUAGAGGUAGGAGAUGUUGUACAGAAGUGCAGAGAUCAUGGAUUACUUGUGAUCAGUGCUGGAUUGAAUGUGUUAAGAUUGGUACCGGCAUUGAACAUUCCCGACGAAUUGAUAGAGGAAGGGCUCCAGGUGAUCGACGAUUCUAUCGAGGAGGUGGUCAACUUUGGCAAGGCAUGA